GCGUAGAAAUUAGGAGCCUCAUCAGGAUCAGAUCAGAUCACCAAGCUUCAUCCAUGGAGAAAGUAGCGGUUCAUUUGAAGACGACCCUUUUGCCCUUCUUCGCUAUUUCAUUGAUUUUAUUACCUCUUCUUCAAGCCACAAGUGUCAGAUACUGCGAUAGGAAAUUUUAUCCAGUUAAGGUUCACGGUGUAGACAUAUCACCUGAUCCCGUGGUGUCAGGCAAUCCCGCUACCUUCACCAUCUCGGCUUCUGCAGAUCAAGCCAUCUCAAGUGGAAAACUGGUGAUUGAUGUUUCCUACUUUGGAGUACAUGUCCAUAAGGAAACACAUGAUCUAUGUGAGGAGGCAUCCUGCCCCAUUGCUGUAGGUGACUUUGUGCUCUCUCACACUCAGACUUUACCAGGAUUCACCCCACCUGGAUUAUACACUCUUAAGAUGACAUUGGAGGAUGAAAGAAACCAACAGCUGACUUGUAUUAGCUUCAGUUUCAAAAUUGGUCUUGGAUCUUCUGUCUCUGAUAGCUAAGCUAUGGAUCGUGCCACGUAUCUUCAUCCACACACCGGCACAGAUGGAAUCAAUUGAUGUCUUAUUUCUACAGGUCUAUGUACUCUUUUAUUGUAUUGAUCCAAGUCCCAUGAAAGAAUGGAUCUAUAUCAAUCCUUAAUAAGAGUCUUCAUCUUGUUGUUUGUGAUAUUCCCUAAAGAAUCUGAUGUGAUGAACAACCUUACCAAAUUAAUGUGACGCUUUUCU